UUCCGGCGGCGCCGUCGUGACGUCUUUUGCGCGAGCCGAGGCUGUCCAGAGCGGCUGUGGAGGCUGGGAGUCCUGGACCGGGUCCCCUCUCAUGCCGCUGUUAGGAGCCGAGCAGGGACGGACAGUAACGAGGAUAGGCUCUCACCCUGCGGCGUUAUUACGAUCCAUGGUGUCCGUCGUGGGACGGGCCGCCUUGCGCGGAGGUGUCGGCCGGGGCUGCGCGCUUUCCGAGGCCUUCGUCCCGGCUCUCUGGCCUCGUCCGCCUCCGGAGGCGGCACCCUGAUCCUUGUGCGCGUUUCUACAAGGGGGAGACUGGGGCUGGGAGGGCGACAGUCAUCCUGAGGUCACCGCCCACUGUGCUUGUGGGGGUUCGGCUCUUCUCACAGAACCCGCUCCGUUCCCCGGCUCCUCAACCCGCUUCUGCUCACAGGAUCCCAUGGCGGCCGCUGGGCUCAUGGACCGGGCUCAGGGCUGUGUGGCCUUUGAGGAUGUGUUCGUGUACUUCUCCCGGGAGGAGUGGGAGCUCCUUGAGGAAGCUCAGCGACUCCUGUACCGAGACGUGAUGCUGGAGAACUUUGCACUUGUGUCAUCGCUGGGUUGUUGGUGUGAAGCAGACUAUGAGGAGGCCCCUUCUGAGCAGAGCACUUUUGUAGAAGGAGUGUCACAGGUCAGGACUCCCAAGGCAUUCCCAUUUAUCCAGAAAGCCCACCCAUGUGAGAUAUGUGACCCCCUCUUGAAAGACAUUUGGCACCUGGCUGAACAGCAGGGAUCAUGCCCUGCACAGAAACUGUACACGUGGGACCCCUGUGGACGAGGAUUCUUGUGCAGUGACAGCUUGUAUCACCACCAGCAGCAAUAUACCAGGAAGGACCCCGUCCAAGGGGAUGAUCAUGGGGCCUCAUUUGGGAAGCACUGUGCUGUCCAUACUUUAGGGAGACCCUGGACUUGGAGGGAGGCAGGGCUGGACUUCCCGGCUAGCUCUGGCCUCUUCCAGGACCAAAACAUUCACAACGGAACAAGUCCAUGCAAAGGAGCUGCGUUUGUGGCGUCUUUUCCACAAAGCCCUGGGCUCGGGCAGCAGCAGGGAGACCGUGAUGUACUGAUGCUUUUCAGAUACAGUGAUGACGGGAAAGCCUUCCUGAACACCUUCCCUCUGCUUGGCAAACAGAUGACUCAUGGUGAAGUGAGAGACUUUAGGUGCCUUCCAUGUGGGAAUAUGUCCAAGGAGAAGUCAGCUCUUAUUCAUCACAGAAAAAUUCAUAGUGGAGAAGCAUCCCAUGCAUGUAGGGAGUGUGGAAAGGCCUUCAUUCAGCUGUCUCACCUAAAAAUGCACCAGAAAUUUCACAAUGGAGAAAGACAUUAUACUUGCAAUGAAUGUGGGAAAGCCUUCAGCCGCAAAGACACACUUGUUCAGCACCAGAGGGUUCACACAGGAGAAAGGUCUUAUGACUGCAGUGAAUGUGGUAAAGCCUACAGUAGAAGCUCCCACCUUGUUCAGCACCAGAGAAUUCACACUGGAGAAAGGCCUUAUAAGUGCAGUGAAUGUGGAAAAGCCUUUAGCCGUAAAGACACACUUGUUCAGCACCAGAGAUUUCAUACUGGAGAAAGGCCUUAUGAGUGUAGUGAAUGUGGGAAAUUCUUCAGCCAAAGCUCCCACCUUAUUGAGCACUGGAGAAUUCACACUGGGGCAAGGCCUUAUGAGUGCAUUGAAUGUGGAAAAUUCUUUAGCCAUAACUCUAGUCUCAUUAAACAUCGGAGAGUCCACACUGGAACAAAGUCUUAUGUUUGUGGCAAAUGCGGGAAGGCUUUUGGCUGCAAAGACACACUUGUUCAGCACCAGAUAAUUCACACUGGAGCAAGGCCUUAUGAGUGCAGUGAGUGUGGAAAGGCCUUCAGCCGUAAAGACACACUAGUGCAGCACCAGAAAAUCCACACUGGAGAAAGACCUUAUGAGUGUGGUGAGUGUGGGAAAUUUUUCAGCCAUAGCUCUAAUCUCAUUGUUCACCAGAGAAUUCAUACUGGAGCGAAACCUUAUGAGUGCAGAGAAUGUGGGAAAUGCUUUAGCCACAAUUCCAGCCUCAUUCUACACCAGCGAGUUCACAGUGGAGCAAGGCCUUAUGUGUGCAGUGAAUGUGGAAAAGCCUAUAUUAGUAGCUCUCACCUUGUUCAGCACAAGAAAGUUCACACUGGAGCAAGACCUUAUGAAUGCGGUGAAUGUGGGAAAUUCUUUAGCCGCAACUCCAGCCUCAUUCUACACCAGAGAGUUCACACUGGUGAAAAGCCUUACGUGUGCAGUGAAUGUGGGAAAGCCUAUAGCAGAAGCUCCCAUCUUGUUCGGCACCAGAAAGUUCACACUGGAGAAGGGCCUCAUGAAUGCAACAAUUUUGGUGGCCCUUUAGCUACAUCUCUUAAGCUUAUUUAGCACCCCAGAAGUUCACACCAGACACUGGCUUUAUGAAUGCAGAAAAUGUGCUGUGUCCUGUGCAAGAAAAUAGGAAUCACACCAGAGAAGCUCUGUGCGUGCCCUUUGUAAGGGAGCCAGCAGGUCAAGCUGCUACAAGGGUACAUUCAUCCUGGGGAGAUUCCCAGUAAGCACUACGGAGGUGAGAAGGUUUCCUGAGGUGCACUGACUUUCUGAACUGCCCAGGGCUUUUGACAGAGUUCUGUCCCUACCAGUGCCUAUGGCAAAAGCCACCUCCUUGCUGCCAGCUGGUAAGUCCCCUGUGUCUGUCUCUUACUCCAGUAUGCUCAGGAAGGGUGGACCCUGUGCUAUCUCCCCUCUUCCUGGGAGGGGGUCAUGAAUGUUCUGAGCCCACUGAACCUCCUCUCUUCCUGCCCCAUGACUGCUUCUGAGUGACCAUGUUUAGCUCUGGCUGAAAGGAUCUGAACUGCAGUCUGCUGGGGAUUUCCAGACAAGUUUUCCCUUCUUCCCGGACAGUAUUGACUGUAAUGUGACAGCUGUGACUGACUUCUCUGGCUUCCAAGUCGCCCACCUUUGGACCUCCCUGCCCCUGCUCCUCUGGUUUGUGCAGGGAGAAGAGCCCUGUGGCCGUCUUUCCUCUUGGGUCCGGUCACUGUGUGUAACGGAUUGAGAAACGUUGUGUUCUGCUGCCAUGAAGGGAGGAACACCUAUGGUUGACAUCAACUGUAUGUGCCUCAGAAGGGACAGCUGGGUGGCAGGGGACAGCUCUCAGUCUAGUUUGCAUUGUUGGCCCAGGCUUGCUCAAAGAGACUGAGGAGCUUUGUGUGCCAAAUCCUGGAAGUCAGGAUUUCUGUGAGCCUGAGGAGGGCAUAGUUGGUGUGAAAACCUUCUGGAAGCAGCGUGAAUUGGGUUCUUUGUUCCUAGAGAAUGUUCCCUUUCCCCAGCACUUUUGAGGGAGUUCUGUUUCCGGGGCCUGUGAGGGAGCCAUCGCUGGUGUCCAGGAUCCCAUAGGCAGGUGUCAUUGACUGGAAGGCUGAAGGGCAAGGUGGGAAUCAGAGUUGGUUUAGAAAUAAUGGAGUGGGGUGACUGGCUAAUGAGAGGGUGUGUGUCUGUUGUGACGGAGGCGUCUCCAACGUCCGUGUGAUUUUGGCUGUGUGGCAUGAACGUGUACGGAAAUUCUCAGGACCUUCAGAUACCUGCAUCUCCUGUGGCCAGGGCCACUCUCACAGUUAAUAAUCGAAAGUUAUGGGGGAGUUUGUGUCGUGGCUUAGCGGUUAGCGAACUCGCUAGUAUCCAUGAGGAUGCCAGUUCACUCCCUGGCCUCACUCAGUGGGUUAAGGGUCCAGCAUUACUGUGAGCUGUGUAGGUCACAGAUGCAGCUUGGAUCCCUUGUUGCUGUGGUGUAGGCCAGGGCUACAGCUCUGACUCAUCCCCUAGCUUGGGAACUUCCAUAUGCCAUGGAUGUGGCCCUAAAAGGACAAAAGAAAAAAGUUGCAGGGAUUCCUGUACCUCCCUGGGCUGUAAUGUUAUGGCCAUCCCUGCACAGGUAGGGACCCAACACCGACAGAAGAGAGAUCCAGAGGCAGGGCUCCUCUGGCCCAGCAGACAUUCCUAGUGACUGAAGUGAAUGUGGACUUCAUUGUCCUCCAGUUUUUGUGAUACUGCGGCAGUAUCCCUCUCAAUUGUAUGAGAGAGAUAUGGUUAGAGCCGGAAGGUUGGCAGAUGAGACUUUCCAAGAGGAAUGGUAAAUACGGAUUUUUGUGGCGAACAUUUAGUUCUUGACAUCUUUAUUGAGGCAUGCUGUCAUGAAAUAAAUGGCAUGUAUAGAUAUAAAGUGUAAAACGUGUUAUGUUUCAGCCUGUGAGCAUGAAAUAACUUCAAUCAAGAUAAUGAAGACAGGAGUUCCUGUCAUGGUGCAGCAGAAGCGAAUCCGACUAGGAACCAUGAGGUUGCAGGUUCGAUCCCUGGCCUUGCUCAGUGGGUUAAGGAUCUGGUAUUGCCGUGAACUGUGGUGUAGGUCAGAGAUGCAGCUCAGAUCUGACUUUGCUGUGGCUCUGGUGUAAGCCGGCGGCUACAGCUCCGAUUCAACCCCUAGCCUGGGAACCUCCAUAUGCUGCGGGUGCGGCCCUGAAAAGACAAAAAAAAAAAAAAAGGGGUAAUGAAGACAUCUAACACAAUCAAAAAACUCCUUUUGUCUUUUUAUAAUCCUUCUCUGUUGCAAGCUACUUCACUUAGAAUGGAUAGACAACGAGGUCCUUUUGUAUAGCAGAGGGAAUUAUAUCCAGCCUCCUGGGAUAAAUCAUAAUGGAAAGGAAUAUUUUUAGGAGUUUCUGUUGUGGCUCAGUGGAAACAAAAUUGACUAGUAUCCAUGAGGAUGAGAGUUUGAUCCCUGGCCUUGCCGAAUGGGUUAAGGAUCUGGCGUUGCUGUGAGCUGUGGUAUAGGCCAGUAGCGACACCUCCGAUUCGACCCUUAGCCUGGGAACCUCCAUGUGCUUCGGGCAUGGCCAUUUAAAAGUAAUGUAUAUAUGUGUAUAACUAAGUCCUUUUGCUGUAUAGCAGAAAUUAGCAUAAAUUGUAAACCAACUAUAAUUUCAAACAAAAAAAAUAUAAUCCAUUCCUCCCAGUUCUAACACCCUUUUCCACAAUUCACAAGUAAUAACAGGCAUUAUCUAGAAUUUUAUAUAAACAGAAUCGUAUGGUAUAUACCUUCUGGAGAGUGGGGACUCUGGCAUUUUUCACUAACUAUAACUAUUUUGAGAUUAAGCCAGCUUGUUGGAUGUAUCAGUUGUUCAUUUAUAUUGUUGAGUAUGAUUCCAUUGUAUGGAUAUACCACAAUUGUUUUUUUUUUCCAUUUACUUAGUGGAUAUUUGGGUUGUUUCCAGUUUUGGGCUGUUAUACGUAAAGCUGCUAUGAAGAUUUGUGUACAAGUUAGCACUGAAUAACAUUCCGUUGCAUGGCUACACUAGUUUAUCUAUUCGUGGACUCAAGGCCAUCUUGAUGGCUCCCAUGAAUAAACCUGCAUUACGCAUUGUGUGUAGGUUUUGCGUGGAUAUAAGUUUUCAAUUCAUUUGGGUUCAAGCCAAUGAAUGUAAUUUGCUGGGUCAUAUAAUAAGAGUAUGCUCAGUUUUGUAAGAAACCGUCUUCCCAAAUGGUUAUAUCAUUUUGCAUGCCCGCCAGCAGUCGGUGAGAGUUCCUGUUGCUCCAUAACCUCAUCAGCAUUUCGUGUUGUCAGUGUUUUGAAUUUUUGCUUUUCAGAUAGGUGUGUGGUAAUAGUAUGUUAUUGCUUUGAUUUGCAGUUCCCCAAUGACGUGUGAUGAAUAUUUUUUCUUAUUUUUUAAACAAUGUCUUUCGAAGAGCAGAAAUUUUAUAUUUUAGUCAAGUUCAAAUUAAUUUUUCUUUCAUGGGUUUUGAUUUUGGUGUUGUACCUAAAAAGUCAUUGCCAAACCUAAGGUCAUUUAUGUUGUCUCCUAUAUGUCUUGUAGAUGUUUUAUAGUCUUGUGUUCAAGUUUAUUACCUGUUUUGAGAAAUCUUUGUGAAGGGUGUAAGAUCUGUGUCUAGAUCAGUUUUUUAAAGCCCCAUUCGUUAAAGAGACAAUGCUUUCUCCAUUCCGUUGCAUUUACCCCUUUUUCAAAGAUCACUUGACUGUUUUUGUGUGGAUCUAUUUCUAGAUUCUCUUUUCUAGUUUCUUCCAUUUAUUGAGAUAAUUGUCAUGUGGCUGUGGGUUUUUUCCUUGAUUGUUGUUUUUUCAUUUUAUUUAUGUUGUAUAUUCCAUUCAUUGAUAUUCAGGUGUUAAAUUAACCUUGCAUUUCCUGGGACACAUCUCACUUGAUCAUGUUGUAUAAUCCUUUGUAUAUGCUGCCUAGUCAGUUUUCUGAAUCUUUUAAAUGUAUUAUUAUUAUUUUUGUGUGUGUGUCUUUUUGCCAUUUCUUGAGCCGCUCCCAUGGCAUAUGGAGGUUCCAAGGCUAGGGGUUGAAUCGGAGCUGUAGCCACCAGCCUAUGCCACGUCUGCAACUUACACCACAGCUUAUGGCAAUGCUGGAUCCUUAACCCACUGAGCAAGGCCAGGGAUCGAACCCGCAACCUCAUGAGUCCUAGUCGGAUUUGUUAACCACUGAGCCACAACAGGAACUCCUUUUAAAUGUAUUUUCCAUCCAUGUAGAUGAGUGAUAAUGGGUUUGUAGAUAUGUUUUCUUGUGAUAUCUCUGCCUGACUUUGCUAUCAGAGGAAUUCCGAUUUCAUAGAAUAAAUUGGGAAGUGUUUUCCUCCUCCUUUAUUUUCUGGAAGAGUUUUUGAAGGAUUGGUGAUAUUUCUCUUUUCAAUGCUUGCUGGAAUUCCUUAGUGAAAGUACCUGAGCCUGGAAUUUUCUUGUGGUAAGAUUUUCGAUAAACAUUACUUUUAAAUUCUAUACUUAUGACAGAUUUGAUAAUCGGUGUCUUUCUGAGAAUUUGUCCAUUUUAACUAAAUUAUCUAUUGAGAUUUAAAAUUUAAAUUAUAAAUUUUCUGCAUACCUGACCCAUGGGUGGGGUGGAUCUUUAGAGAUAAAUGGUAUUUGGGCUUUUAAAAGAGUUGUUGGGAAAAUGUUGUGAAACUGAGUCCCCUUAAAACCAAGUUUCGCUGAUGAGGUUAUGAUUUAACCUCUCUAUCCAAAACCAUGCUUUUUCUUGUCCCCUCUGACCUCAAUCCUGUGGUAACUGAACACUUAUCAGCCGAAGUCAAAUGGCUAAAACUUCUGUUGUUGAUGACAUCAUUAACAUACAGACCCGGGUGGUUUCUCUAGGGCAGGAUGAGCUACCAGAACUUGCAGGUCCUGGAGCACCACACCAGCGACUUAUAACUCAUAGGCAUCCUGACUCCCGAACCUUAAGAAAUGUCACAAGGGAGUUCCCGUCGUGGUGCAGUGGUUAACGAAUCCGACUAGGAACCAUGAGGUUGCGGGUUCGGUCCCUGCCCCUGCUCACUGGGUUAACGAUCCGGCGUUGCCGUGAGCUGUGGUGUAGGUUGCAGAUGCGGCUCGGAUCCCGUGUUGCUGUGGCUCUGGCGUAGGCCGGUGGCUACAGCUCCGAUUCAACCCCUAGCCUGGGAACCUCCAUAUGCCGCGGGAGCGGCCCAAGAAAUAGCAACAACAACAACAACAACAACAACAAAAAGACAAAAGACAAAAAAAAAAAAAAAAAGAAACGUCACAAGAUUAACCCCAGCAUCGUUGUUUUUGCCCUUUAGAAUCCCCUAACUCAAAGACCAGGUUGGAGGGCAUUCCCAUUGCAGCUCAGUGGAAACGAAUCUGACUAGCAUCCAUGAGGCCGCAGAGUUGAUCCCUGGCCUCACACAGUGGGUUAAGGAUCCAGGGUUGCUGUGAGCUCUGGUGUAGGUCACAGAUGUAGCUCAGAUCUGCUGUUGCUGUGGCUGUGGGGUAGGCCAAAAAAGACCAAGUUGGAGUGGGUCUGAGACUUGUCUCCCAGUGUCACUUUGACAUAAAUGCCAGUUUGGCUUCAGUGCAUCAUGCCCGUGGGCCCUUUUGCUCAGUUGCAUUCUGUGGAUCCGGGGCUUGGGAAGGGUCUGAGCAAAGGAAAGAGGAGGGAGAAGGGGUCAGAAGGCUCGGGGGGAGGAGAGAGAGCUGGAUAUGGGAGGCAGCUGGAGGACAGAGAGGGUGGAUUUGCUAGUGGAAUGAGUCUCCUUUGGUUCUGCUCUAGUUUGUCGACUUGCUCAUUAAUUCAUUAGUUUUGGCCAAAGACUCUUCUAGCAAUGUCAUUUUUAUUUCAGAAUUUAAUUUGGAGGCCUCUCCAUACUAAUAAAAAAAAA